AGUCCCUCUUUCUGGGGGUGUGGUCAUCGGUAACCCCAACUUCCGCAGACGAGGAGAGCUAGCCCAGAGUGACUGCUGCAGCUGUCUCCGGGCGGCCACUAGCUUGCAUCAGGACAGGAGGGAGGAGGAGACAGGUAGAUUUGCGACCCCGAGGGCUCCUCCACCUUCACCCAUCCCACUCAUGUCCUUUCCUUAAGGAAAGAGAAGGAGAAAGAAGGACGAACCGGUGCUGCAGCCUGACAGAUCAGAAAGAAAUGCUGAAAUUAAGCAAAGCUCUCUUUUGACUUGGAUAUGUAUCAUGGGCAUCCAGAAUUCCAAAAUAGACUCCAGCCCUGUUUCUACUUUUCCAAGGACAAAGAGCAUGGAUUCUAAACAAGAGGCCAAACACUCUGAAGAUAUUAGAGAGAGCCAUAGUGACAAGGACCUGAACAAACUAAAGGAAGAGGAAGAAAAGGAGGAGGAGAGAGCAGAAGAGCUACUUAAAGAAGACUUGGAAGAAGAGGUAUUCUUUAAGUUUGUGAUUCUGCAUGCUGAAGAUGACACCUGUGAAGCCCUCAGGGUCCAAGGGAUGCUGCAAAAUCAAUUUGGCAUUAAACCCGGAAUAAUCUAUGCUGAAAUGCCAUGUGGCAGACAGCAUUUACAGAAUUUAGAUGAUGCCGUAAAUGGGUCUGCAUGGACCAUUUUUUUAUUGACUGAAAAUUUUUUAAGGGAUACUUGGUGCAAUUUCCAGUUCUAUACAUCCCUAAUGAACUCCAUUAAUAGACAGCAUAAAUACAAUUCUGUCAUACCAAUGAGGCCAUUAAAUAAUCCUCUCCCCAGGGAUAGGACUCCAUUUGCCUUACAGACUAUCAAUGCUCUGGAAGAAGAAAGUUGUGGCUUUCGUAAACAAGUAGAAAAAAUUUUCCAGGAUUCUGUGUAUGAGAAACAAAAAGCCAUAUGGAAAGAUUCAAAAAAUAUGGUAGAUACUUAGAAAAGUCAGACGAGUAGGACAUUUUAGGGGACGAAACAAAACAAAAUUACAUAAUUGCGGGUGGGGAUGAUAAAAUGAUGUUGUCAUUUUAUAACAUCUUCCAGGAAAGUUAAAAUAAAAUUUCUAAGAAAGUAGAAAUAAGAAUGAUACUUUUUUUCUGGGCAAAGUCAUUGGCACUGAAAACCUAUGGAAUUAGAAUGCUUCUCCAAACAAGCACUAAUCAUUUUGAUUAUUCGGUUCCCAGGAACGUGUCUGAUGUUUUUCCCCCUGAUUUGAGGAUGUGACAAAGGAUGUACUUUUAACUAACUUUUGGCAUUCCUUGAUCUAUCCUCUUCCUUGAAGGGUGUUCUCCUUUGAUUCAGUGUAGUGUAGUAGAAAGUAUGCCAGCUUUGGAGUCAGAAGAUCUUAGUUCAAAUCUCAGGCCUGACAUUUAAUUUGUGUGUGAUAACCUCUCUGCCCUAAUUUCCUCAUCUAUAAAAUGAGUUGAACUAGUUGGCUUCUAUGGUCCCUUCCAACUCUCUAUCUCUGAUCCUAUGACUAUGGAUAUUAUAUAAUUUCCUAAAAUUGUAUUCUAUGUUUUUAAAAAAAUUAAAAUAUGAGCUUGGCAUUUUGUCUUUGACUUACAUAUGCUCUUUCUUUUCCAAGGGAUUAAUACUUGGCCUUCCUAUUUUCAUAAUCCCUUGAAAAUUCCAAAGGCUUGAUUUCUUUUGUGUAUCUCUAGCUCCUUCUAGUGAGGAAACUUUGCUGAAAAUUGAAGUUUAGUUUAUUCAGUAAUUAUUUGCUGGGAGGCCACAUGCUAUAUGGUGCAGGUGUCAGCAAACUGCAUCUGGGGAGCCAAAUCCAUCCACCUACCAUUUUAAAAGGUAAAAACAUAUACGUGUGUAUACACACACACACACACACACACACACACACACACACACACUAU